UCCUGCUUCGACGUCAAUAGUAGUGCAUAUUUGCUCGUCUCGGAGGUCUUGCACGAACCUUAUCGCGCUACCAAGUAGAACCGUUUCUGCCUCCCACCCGCCACAGUUUGUUGUGCUUGUGUGGCUGCUAGGAGUCCCUGUACAUGGUGGCAUGGUGGCAUGGUGGCGCCGCAUCACCAACGUGUUCGAAUCUAUUGUGCUGACGCCGCCUUGACUCCAGCUUCCUCCCUCGUUCGUCGAAUCUACAGAUCGGGGUGGGCACCUCGGGUGCAGCUCGAACACUUGCUUGCAUUGAUCCAUGUGGCUGGUGCUUCCGAAACUCGAGUCCUCCUUGGGCGCUUCCAAGUCGCUCUGGCUGCGUAUCGGGCCGUAACCGAAAGGUAUGCACCAUAGGAGCAUAGUACCGUACCGAUGGCGUUUCACAGCUUUGGCUUUGUCGGUACCAGUACUAGUGCCAGCACAGCCAUGUGCUGUUAGCUUGGGUCUGCAGUGGGCAAACCCCAGACCUUAGAGUAAUACUCGUACACUCGUCAUCCAAUGCGAAGGUGUUUGAAGGUUCCGCGCUCUACCUGCAUGCUUUAGUCGCCAGCCUUGCACACUACGGCUGUACCAGCGAGAUCACCGUAGGUUUGAAAUUUUCCAUUCCCAUAUCGACUUGUCGACAAGCGCCAGAGACCACAUCAAGCUAGGCUAACUGCUUAGUUAGUUUGCUCAAAUUCCUCGCUUCAACAUAUCUUUCCACAAAAGAGCAAGCGGCCAUGACAAGCAGCUGCGUUCAAUGUGGCAAGGAAAACGUUACGAGCAGCUUUCAGUGCACCAAUUGUCCAUCGUAUGGAGGUGAGACUCGUCGGUUCUACGUUUGUAACAGAGACUGCCAAAAAGCAUUCUGGCGAUCCCACAAGAAAGAGGACAAGGCAUCUCAGUCGGCGGGGACCACCAAGGCUUCUGCCAGAGAGGACGUGCAUCACGUGGAAACCCGGUUCGGUAGCCUCACCAUGCGGACGAUGGAUAAGAAUGACUUCGUCGAAAGCAUGAGCAACCCAAGGUCGUGGUUCCAGCAGUUGGGUAGAACCCAGGCCGCAGAAUGGAUUGUUGACUGCUACAGGAUGCGAGCGGACGACGAUGUCCAAUGGGGAUCGUUCAACUUCCAUGGCCUGUACGAGAUUGCCAACGGCGCGGAAACACUCCAUGAUGGCACGAAUGAUGCCACGCUUUCCAAAGCUGACAAGGCUUUCAUUUUGACAGAGGACUUUCUCGUCUUCAUGACCCUUGCUGUUCACAAUGAGAUCCUUCCAGCUCGACUGGAAGACUUUGACUUCACCGCGUGCAUUGGGAGGUUUGCACCCGCGCUGCUUCCGGAACCUUUUAACAAACAGGCAGCGAAGGCCAAAUGGGGUGGAGAAAACGUGUUUUCAACCAGACCCAGUCUCCGCCGGACAGCUGAGCGCGUCUACGGGCUUAGCAGCAUGUAUUCCUACAAUGACGAUGAUGCCCAGAAACAAGGUGAACGGACACAGCAGGAGAUCAAAAAUUCUAUCCGCAGUGGAUUGGUAAGGAACAACUUUGAGGCCUCCUCAAGCAACUUGUUCAACAAGUUGGGAGGAAAACAGCUAUGGUUUGGGCUUUACCAAAGGUUGAGAAGGGCUGACAUGUGAUCCUGAUUUGGCCCUCCACCACCAAACCAUGCGAUUCUGCAGUUCAUGCCAGUUGACUCCUACUUUAGAAGAGUGUGCAAUUAAUGCUUCUUCAAUGCAGAGAUAAUUAAUGUGUAGGUUUAGAAAAGUGAGACCCUCAUUGAGCCUGGUGGCUCCUGCUCUGGGCAGAGACUCAUCCAAAGUUGAGUUGUAGAGUUCAGCAUGCAUGUAGUUUCCUACAGAGGCAAUGCAAUCGCGAAACGCCUGCUUCAAUCGCUCUCCAAACAAUGAACAAACUGGCAUAGGCAAUGCAAUCGCGGCACAUCUCCUUCAAUCGCUCUCCAAACAAUG